AUGCAGCGCCAACCCACCCAAGCCGACACGUCCCAGGUCCCUGGGACGGUCCUCCUUGUUGACAUUGACCACAACAGGCAGACACGCCAUGCCUCGAGUCAAGACGACAUCAUACUCAUCCCCACACCGUCAACGGAUGUAAACGACCCCUUGAACUGGUCGCCAUGGCGAAAGCGUCAGCACCUCAUCUGCCUGAUUGCCUACACACUGUUCAAUGGCAUGGCGUUAUCCGUUGUGUAUUCGUUAUUGGUGCCGCUGUCUACAGCUCUGCAUGUCAGCGUCGGCGACCUCAAUCAAGGAACGGGCUACAUGUUCUUGUUAUGUGGCUGGGGCCUGCUCUUCUGGCAGCCUUUUGCUCUCCAGUACGGCAAACGGCUGACAUACCUACUCUCCAUGCUAGGCAUCGUGGCUGUCUCCGCCUGGAGCCCCUUCGCGACAGGCCAAGGCCAAUGGAUUGCCCGCAACGUUGUUGCCGGCUUCGUCGCCGCGCCAAUUGAAGCCCUGCCAGAGACAUCCAUCACUGACAUUUAUUUUGCCCAUGAGCGAGGCACCUACAUGGGGUGGUAUGCAUGGAUUUUGGCGACUUCGAACUAUUUUGCGCCCGUCAUCUGCGGCUUCAUCAAUGAUAGCAUGGGUUAUAAAUGGCCCUUUUACUUCAUGGCUAUUUUCGGCGGCGGUUGUUUUGUAUUUCUCUUCUUCUUUCUGGAAGAGACAAAUUACGAUCGCCCGUUGGUGGGAGUCAACGCUGCUGAAGCUCGUGAAGCUACAAGUGAAAAGACAGCAUCAUCUUCGUCAACAGGGGCAGCUGCAGGCAACGAGGGCCACAGAAUGACAGCUUUCUCCACAGAUGACAGCAACAGUGCUAUACUCCAAGGUGAAGAGAAGAGCUAUUGGCACAAGCUUGCUCUGCUUGACAAGCCGCGUGCAUUCCAGAUGCAUAGACGCGCCUGGCAAAUCCUUAGAUUGAUCGCGUGGCCUGUGGUCUUCUACUCGGGCUUCUCGUACGGCACGUAUCUCAUCUGGUUCAACAUACUGAAUGCAACCUCGUCCAUCGUCCUCGGCGGUGCUCCUUACAACUUUAAGCCUAGCAUCGUCGGCCUAAGCUACCUUGCGUGUGUCGUGGGCGUUGUUCUUGGAUCUGCUUACAGCGGCAUCAUCUCGGACUGGUUCAUCAUCAAAAUUGCGCGACGCAAUCGCGGCAUAUUUGAGCCCGAGCAGCGCCUUUGGUUGUUUGCAUUGACAACAAUACUUGUGCCGGCUUGUCAGAUUCUCUGGGGCGUUGGGGCCGCUCACCAUGUCCACUGGUUUGGCCUCAUUGUUGCUAUGUGCGUGCUGGCGGCCUGCAACACAGCUGGCAUCACGUUGUCGAUUGCAUAUCUCGUCGACUCAUAUCGAGAGAUAUCAGCAGAUGGCCUGGCCUCGUGCAUCAUUAUCCGUAAUACGAUGAGCUUCGCCAUCAACUACGGCAUCACGCCUUGGCUGGACGGCCUAGGACUGCAGAACUGCUUCGUCAGCGUGGCUUUCGUUGCUCUGGCCAUUUGCUCGACAUUCUUGCCAGUCAUCUGGUUCGGCAAACGGCUUCGCAACAUGAAGCGCGAAAGCUAUUGGCGGGAGGCCAACCUCAGAGAGUAG